AUGGCACUCCCUUCGCUCCAGGAGCUCGACUCCCUCAAAUAUGUGGAGCUCCAACAGAUUGCGAAGUCAGCCGGCUUGAAGGCCAACCUCCGGGCAGACAAAUUGUUGAAAGCACUGAAGGAGCACUUAAAUGGAACAAAACAAGAGAAGGAACAUAUGGACUCUGAGAAAAGUGCACCUGCUUCAAAUGAAUUAGAUGAACUGGGCAAUCAGGAGGAAAUUAUGCCCGAUUCAGUGUCUUUUAUUACGAAAAGACGUGGUAAAGAAAAGAAAACAACCAGAAAGAAGAGGAACUGUAACGAUGAAACAAACAGCAAUGAAGAAAACACAGGGCUUUCUGAUGACCAAGAGAAGUGUUCUGAAAUGAAAGAAAAUGAAGUGCCUGAGCAAGAAAAGAGACAAAAUGAGGAACCAGUAACUAAAAAGAGAGCUGUUGAGAACCCAGGGAUGGGUACUGGUCAGCAAGAACAACCAGAGAAGACUUCCACUAAAGGUGGUGAAAAUGAGUGCAAUGCUCGUCCUGCGAGAGGAAAGAUCCCUUUAUAUGUAGGCCGUGCAUCUAGGUCUGGGAAAACAGGACUGAAAGCUACUACACCAAACUUCAAAAAAUUGCAUGAGGCUCACUUCAAGAAAAUGGAAUCUAUUGCUGACUAUGUUGAGAGGAAAAAAAAAAUUAUUGAAAACUGCAGCAAUUCCCUUGGUGACGUCAAGGUACUGGCCAAAAAAUCAAAUUACUUGAGAGCAUCAGAAAAAGGCACUCCACUGAACAAUCCAAAGAAACAAAGCAGUGGCAGAACAUUUUUAUUCAGCCCAAAUCCAGAAAGGGGCAAAUUCUCCACCACCUGCACUCCUAGCAACAUCCGGCGCUCACCACGCAGCAACCCGAACACUGCCAGCCGCAGUAUUUUAUCCAGGAAGUCGGCGUUUCAGCCUUCUGUCCUUUCAACUUCCAAAAUGAAUGUCAGGUUCUCAGAAGCCACUGAAGAUAAUGAGCAUAAGCGCUCUCUCACCAAGACUCCAUCUAGGAUGUCUCCAUUCCUGGAGAUCUGCACACCUGACAGCCAGAAGAGCUGCAAAACAAUAAAUCAGCAAAGCAGCAAGGGAAAUGCAAGAAAUAAGGAGCAGACUGAAUCAAAGGUUAUCACACCCUUCAAGUUCUCAGCUCACUCUGCAGAACCCACAAGCACCAAGAAGACAUUUGAUCUCAAAGCAAGCCUCUCAAGGCCGCUUCGCUAUCAGCCACACAAAGGACGACUAAAACCUUGGGGAGAAAGUAAAGAAAGCACUGCCCUGAACAAGACUGUAAAUAGCAACAUGUCCUCACGUCAGAAGGAUUACAAACAGCCACGUCUCCAGACAAGGGAAGAAAGGCGUGAGAAACAUGAGGAAGAGAGAAAAAAGAAAAAGGCUCAGGUUCUUGGCAACCGUAGAGGACUAUCUGUGGUUUAG